UCAAAAAUGGGAAGCGCCCUCCAAUAAAAACAAGGGAGAGCCACCCCCAAAGGCACCCAAUCCCACGCACUUCGCCCUUCACGCCUUCUCCCCUAAUCCCACGGGCGAGAGCUAAGAAGAAUACAAAAUAAAACACCAAGACCAAGGCGAAAAGAAGGCGGCCAUGGAGAUGGCUCUCUUCUUCCUCAUACUCUCUUUGGCCGUGGAGGGAGCGUGGGGUGGUGGUGAUAAUGGGGAAGCGCUGUUCAGCGCCUCCAAGCUCGAGAUGUUCGUGGACGAGCUCCCCGACAUGCCCAGGCUCCGAGGGUACGAGGUCAGGGACGGCGUUCCGGUCGCCGGUAAUCUCACCAUCGGCAUGUACGAAAAGACAUGGAAUUUCCACCGGGACCUCCCACCCACGCGCGUCUUCGCCUUCGGCACCUCCAAAGAAACCGCUACCGUGCCGGGCCCCACCAUCGAGGCCCUCCAGGGCGUCCCCACGCACGUGACGUGGACCAACCAUCUCCCUUCCCGCCACAUCCUUCCCUGGGACCCUACGCUCCCGGCCCCACGCCCCCACGCCGGCGGCGUCCCCACCGUCGUCCACCUCCACGGUGGCGUCCACCCCCCGCACUCCGACGGCAACUCCCUCGCCUGGUUCACCUCCUCCUUCUCCGCCACCGGCCCCAAAUGGUCUCGCCCCACCUUCUUCUACCCCAACGCCCAGCCCCCCGGUUCCCUCUGGUACCACGACCAUGCCAUGGCCCUCACCCGCGUCAACCUCCUCGCCGGUCUCUUCGGCGCCUAUUCCCUCCUCGCCCCCGCCCUCGAAUCCCCUCUCCGCCUUCCCUCCGGACCCCGAUUCGACCUCCCCCUCGUUGUCUUCGACCGGAGCUUCUUCUCCGACGGCUCUAUCUACAUGAACUCCACCGGCAACAACCCCCACAUCCACCCCCAGUGGCAGCCCGAGUACUUCGGCGACGCCAUCAUCGUCAACGGCAAGGCCUGGCCUUUCCUCGCCGUCCGCCGCCGCCGGUACCGCUUCCGGAUCAUCAACGCCAGCAACGCCCGCUUCUUCCGCUUCUUCUUCACCAACGGACUCCGAUUCGUCCACGUCGCCUCCGAUUCCGUCUACCUUCCCAGACCGGUGAGCUCCAAGAAAUUCCUCCUCGCCCCGUCGGAGAUCGCCGACGUGAUCGUCGAUUUCUCCCGAUCGCCCACCGACUCGACGAUCCUCGCCAACGACGCUCCGUACCCGUACCCCUCCGGCGACCCGGCCGACGAGAUCAACGGCCGGGUGAUGAAGUUCGUGAUCGGGCGGCGGAGGGAGGAGGACUCGUCGCGGAUCCCGGAGAGGCUGUUCCAGUAUCCUGCGCCGGCGGUGCACCGAGCGGCUAAGACGCGGUACAUCGCGAUGUACGAGUACGAAAGCGCGACGGGGGAGCCGACCCAUUUAUACCUCAACGGGAAGUCGUUCUUGGAGCCGGCGACGGAGACGCCGAGGGAGGGCAGCAGCGAGGUGUGGCACGUAAUCAAUCUGACGGACGACAAUCACCCGCUGCACAUCCAUCUCGCGGUGUUCGUGGUACUGGAGCAGCGGGAGCUGGUGGACGCAGACGGGUUCAAGGACUGCAUGAUGAGGUUGAACAAUGCGAUCAAGUGCCGCGUGGCGGAUCACGCAAAGGGAAAGAGAUACAGUGCGCCGCGGUACGAGAGAGGGUGGAAGAACGUGUUCAAGGUGAGGCCCGGGUGCGUGACGAGGAUCCUGGUCCGGUUCAGGCCCCUCGGGCCGAAGAAGGGGAAGUAUCCUUUCAACUCGACCGAGGAGCCGGGUUACGUUUAUCACUGCCACAUUUUAGAUCAUGAAGAUAAUGAGAUGAUGAGGCCUUUAAAACUCAUACCUUGAGAGGAUCUACUGAUUGAUCAAAUGGUCCGAGUCUUGUUUAAAGAGGUAUUCAGUUGAUAAAGAAGAAAGGCAACUAUGCCUUUUAUCGCUGUAAAGGCAUCCUUAAGGUUGGAGUUGCCAACUUGCAUGAUGAUAUCAAAUAUGAAUUAACUUUUCUAGAGGUGAUAAAAAUCUUUUCUCCUACAUGAAAUCAAUCCAUCUAAUGUAUCCUGUGCA